CCUCCCAGCUGAGGGCUGAGCGGAUUGGUCCGUUGGUUGGCGGCUCUGCUUGGGGCGGCCGCCGGCUGGAGGGAUGGCGGCGGCGGCGGCGGCGGCUGGAGGCGGCGGCGGCGGGGGACCGAGUUCAGCGCCGGUGGCGGCGGCUUCUGCGUCUGCAGCUCCUUCUUCCGGCUCCGCUUCCGUGGUCCCGGUUGCUGCUGCUGCUGCUGCUGCGUCUGGUGCUGCUCCGUCGGGGCCCGGCUGGCGCCUGCCCGGGCGCGUGCUGGAGCUGGUCUUCUCCUACCUGGAGCUGCGGGAGCUGCGGAGCUGCGCCCUGGUCUGCAAGCUCUGGCACCGCGUCCUCCACGGAGACGAGAACAGCGAGGUCUGGCGGAGCCUGGCCGCCCGGAGCCUGGCCGAGGAGGCGCUCCGCACAGACGUCCUCUGCAAUGUGCCCAGCUACAAGGGCAAGGUACGUGCCUUUCAGCAUGCUUUCAGCACCAAUGAUUGUUCUAGGAAUGUCUACAUUAAGAAGAAUGGGUUUACUUUGCACCGGAAUCCCAUCGCCCAAAGUACAGAUGGAGCCAGAACCAAGAUCGGCUUCAGCGAAGGCCGCCAUGCCUGGGAAGUCUGGUGGGAAGGUCCUCUCGGCACCGUAGCAGUAAUUGGAAUUGCAACAAAGCGAGCUCCCAUGCAGUGCCAAGGCUAUGUGGCCCUACUGGGCAGCGAUGACCAGAGCUGGGGCUGGAAUUUGGUGGACAAUAACUUGUUGCACAAUGGUGAAGUAAACGGCAGCUUUCCCCAGUGCAACAAUGCCCCAAAGUACCAGAUAGGUGAGAGAAUUCGUGUCAUCCUGGAUAUGGAAGACAAAACGUUGGCGUUUGAGCGGGGCUACGAGUUCCUGGGAGUUGCAUUCCGAGGACUGCCAAAGACAUGCCUGUAUCCAGCAGUGUCUGCGGUGUAUGGCAACACUGAAGUGACAUUAGUUUAUUUGGGAAAACCUUUAGAUGGAUGAUAUUCUUGUUUGUUUUUUAAGAACAACUGGGACAUGAAAAUCAAGUUGAUGAUACAGGGACGCUUGUACAAUGGUUAAUAAGGAAACAUGAAUGAAAUGUAUGGAUGUAUGUCCAAGAAACAUCCGGGAGAACCAAAACCUAUGUUCUAGAAGGCCAGCUGCAUGGAACAAGAGUGCAUAAGCAUUUCCUUUUUCUGCCAGACAAGAAAAUUCCUCAGGGGGUUGCAGUUUGUUGUUGAAAGGCCGUUAACCACAUGCAUGUUGCAUAAAAUUUUGUUGCCAAGGUGGAAAUGUGGAAUCCUGUACAUAUUUAAGGAAAUGUUUAAUAGAUACAGUUGAGGAAGAUACCCAAGAUGUGUGAGUAUUGUGUGUUGUGGGAAAGGGUUUCAAUUUUAGAACUAUUUGUUUCUUCCUGCCUUUGAUCGGAUGUGUUUUACCAAAGGUUAGGUUUUAUUUAAUAUAUUUUAAAUGUAUUUACAGAGUGUGGUCAAUGGACUGCACUUCUUCAGAUCUAUACAUUGUGCAGCUACACUGAUGUGUAUUUUAAAGACUGUUUAUACAGAACACUUUAAAAAUUCCUUCCAAACUAAGGUUAGCUCUUGCUCUGAAUGAGACGUAAUUUCUUAAAUACAAAAAAACCCCACUACAUGUCAAAUAUCAGCUUUUGUUGAAGAAAUGGAUAACAUAUAUAAGUGCACUUCUUCUGUUUUGUUGUUCAUCUCUUGUGAUGAUUUGACUGGUGUAAAAUGGCUGAAAUUUGAUAGCUAGAACAGAGUGUGUUCAUGUACAUAAGGGGAAAGUCCAUUUUUACAAAUUAAGUUUUCAAAUUGGUACCAAAAUGUCUGAUUAGGAUAUUUUAGGAAAAUUAUUUUCUGAGUAAUUUCUUACAAAAAUUAUUAUAAAAGAUUCAAACCAUUAGCUUAAAUAAUUUGAAAUUUAAGUUGCACUCACAUUUCAGACUGAUGAACUAUUUCACAUGUAUUAAAACUUAGUUUUGAGGCUGAAAACGUUUCCUGAGGAGGUAAUGUGCCAGUUCACACGAAAUGAUAAAUCAAAGUUCCAGGGGAACCUUGCUUAUCAUGUACAAGCCACAUGUUUGCUGCCCACUUCUUCCCGUGAUAAGCAAACCAGGGACAUUGUGACUGUUCAGUGUUAUGUGUGAAUCAAAAAUUCUAGUUUGCGUCACUUUGACGAUCCAAGUCAUAAGUCAUGGUUUGUUGUUCGAGUGUUAGAGAAGAAACAGUUUGUACAUUAUGAUAAAUAAACUACAUACGACCCUCAGUAUGCUCAUUUGCUCUCAGUUGCUGGAGGAGUCAGCAACAAAAACAGGAGCUUUAGGGGACACUGACUCAUUCACCGUAAGCCAAGAUUCUUCAGACUUCAGUUGUAUUGUGAUGUAUUUAUGUGGCCAAUGUAUAAAGAGGAAAGACUUGAAGGUGAUGAAGCAACUACCUUUUCCCAAGGCAGUUUUUCCUUGUCUUAUUUUAUAUCUCUGUCAUUCUCUGACACCAAUAUCCUGUAUAGCUUGUAUGUCUUAUUCUUGUACAUUCAAAUGUCAGCUUUUGGUACUAACGUAUUGUUUUGUUUUACCUUAUAAAUAUAUUUAUUUGAACAGUGAGUAGUGAAGACACUUUCAGGGCAAUCCUGUGCAUAUUUCUUUUGGAGCAACUUCCACUGUGUAUAGUGGGGCUUACUCCCAAAUAUUUAUGUAAAGGAUUGUGGCUUUGGGAGAAAAGAUGUUUACAUUCUUUCCUACACAGUCUUGUAAGUAUCUGAUAACUCCUUCAACAAGUAUCAGAAUGCCUAAUAGAGUGCAACUCUCAGUGAUUUCCAUAGCUGAAGCUAUGGAAAGCUGGCUGAGAUACGUGAGUGCUGCUUAACAGUCUGUAUUUUUUCACAGUAGCUGUUUAAACUACAGCUGGAGAGUACACUUCUAACUGAAUGAAAGCUUUAAAAUGGGAGUUUUUAAAGCCAGAAUCUUUGGUAGUGCCACUGAUCCUCAGUAAAUAGUAGUCACAAUGAUUAUGCUGUGAUCUUCCCAACAGACUUAACUCUCUUAUUAAAUGGCAGAAUGUACAACUUCUUGGGAUUGAAGGGCUUUCCCAGAACUCAUAGGGGACGCCACACUCUGCCAUUGUUGCUACUGCUAGGAGCUGCUACUAAGUGAUCUUUAUACUACUGCAAAAGACUCAGUGAGCCUGUUGGGAAAUGUAAUCUGUGAGGAACAUGCAACUUGUUUUCUAGUAGAAUUACCCUCCCAACGAUCUAUUGGAAGUUUGAUUUUGCUGGAAAACAAGUGCACAUUCCCCAUAUGAAUUGUGUUCAUACAGAAUAACUAGGAAAUAUUAUGGCAGUUGAAUCUUUAGUGUACGAGACCAGAGAGGGGUCUGAAAACAAUUCAUGGGCUGCAGAGUGCUCAUCCCUGAUGUAGGCUUAAACGAACUUGUCAUCUGUACUACCAUCUUGUCACAUUGACAGAUCUAGCUUUAAUCAUCUUUCAAAAACUGCUGCUGUAUCCUUAUCAUGACCGAAGAAGGAAAUCACAAUUGAAUGCUGGUUUUAGGGUCUGAAUCAUCCAUCUGCCAACAAACAUUUAUUUUAUGGCACUGAUAGUGGUAGCAUCAGAUUAUGGAAAUAGUAGCUUACUUCACAGGUCCUGAAAAUGGGAGGAGCAGCUUUGCUAAGAGAGUUUGCAUGUUCUCAGCUGUCCAGGCUGGACACGUGAUCAGAGCUUCACUUCAGUUUCCUUCUGCACUCAGAUACAAUAAAAUGAUAUUUGAGGGUUGCAUGUGUGGAGCUGAAGUUUCAAAAUAUCUGUUCUGUGUGUUAUAUAUUGCUCAACAGAACAUUUUCAUCCUUGGUCUUUUUCUAAAACAAUGUCAAAAUAAAGCAAAUCAAUGCCUUUCAACAUACGGUACUAAGAAGUAGUGAAUGAACUGGGAAAGAUUUAUGAUUCCCAGAAAUAAUAUUUAACUAUACAGUAUAUAUAAUAUAUAUAUCACUACAAUAAAAUCCUAUGGCAUGAUCUGAAAAAAGGAAAGAAACAUUUUUUCUUAGAUUAAUCUGUCUCUUUUCCACAGCCGGGGCUAAAUAACCUCUACUUUUUAUGUAGAGAGAACUAGUCCUGAAACCUACACCAAGGAAUUAUUUAGUUCCAUUUAGUCUUUACUUCUAUUUGAAAGGAAUGUCUUAUUUCCUCAUCUACAUGGCACAGCAUUUUGAUUUUGCCGAUUAGUCCAUGAUUCUUUGGGGUAUAGGGAACAGGUUUCUGUAUAUAAGCCUCUUAUAACUUAUUACCCUAAGACCAACUGCAAGCUGUAAAAAUAUGAAAUAAAUUGCUCAAACAAAACAAUA